CCCGGGCCAUUUUGCGGCGCGAUGAGGCGGGAGCGGCGGUGAGCAGCGCCCGUCCCGCCCGCUCCGCUCGCACCGCCGGGCACGGCCCUCCCGAGGGCGAGCAGACACAGCCAGGGGACAGCGGCACCCCCAGCGCUCCCCGCCCGCCCCUCAGCGCCGGCGGAGCCAUGAGCUGGGGCACGGAGCUGUGGGACCAGUUUGACAACUUAGAAAAACACACACAGUGGGGUAUUGAUGUUCUGGAAAAGUACAUCAAGUUUGUAAAAGAAAGAACAGAGAUUGAACUCAGCUAUGCAAAGCAGCUUAGGAAUCUUUCAAAGAAAUACCAGCCCAAGAAGAACUCCAAAGAGGAGGAAGAAUACAGGCUAUGCUGGCCAAAAUUUUGCUUGCUUAGACAGGAUUUUUCCAGGUACACAUCAACUAGAGCCUUCCUAGCCACUUUAAAUGAAAUGAAUGACUAUGCUGGACAGCACGAGGUCAUCUCAGAGAACAUGACCUCUCUGAUCACUGCAGAGUUAACACGCUACGUGCAGGAGCUGAAACAGGAGAGGAAAUCGUACUUCCAUGAUGGCAGAAAGGCACAACAACACAUUGAAACUUGCUGGAAACAACUUGAAGCAAGUAAAAGGCGGUUUGAACGUGAUUGCAAAGAAGCUGAUCGAGCACAGCAGUAUUUUGAGAAAAUGGAUGCUGACAUCAACGUGACAAAAGCAGAUGUUGAAAAGGCAAGACAGCAAGCCCAGCUAAGACAUCAGAUGGCAGAGGACAGCAAAGCUGAAUAUUCUUCCACCCUACAGAAGUUCAACAGUGAGCAGCAUGAGCAUUACUACACACACAUACCAAACAUCUUCCAGAAAAUACAAGAGAUGGAGGAAAGAAGGAUCGUGAGGAUAGGUGAAUCCAUGAAAACCUUUGCAGAAGUCGACCGCCAAGUGAUCCCCAUCAUUGGGAAGUGUCUGGAUGAGAUAACAAAGGCUGCAGAAUCAGUGGAUCACAAGAAUGAUUCCCAGAUGGUAAUAGAAGCCUUUAAAUCAGGGUUCGAGCCUCCGGGAGACGUCGACUUUGAGGAUUUCACGCAGCCCAUGAAGAGGACAGUGUCUGAAUCCAGCCUUUCCAACUCCAGAGGGGAUGGGAAGUCAGAGCCCAAGUUCGGUAGCAAAUCCAAGGGCAAGUUAUGGCCAUUCAUCAAGAAAAAUAAGCUUAUGUCCCUUUUAACAUCCCCCCAUCAGCCCCCUCCUCCUCCCCCUGCCUCUGCCUCACCCUCUGCUGUUCCCAACGGCCCCCAGUCUCCCAAGCAGCAAAAGGAACCCCUCUCCCAUCGCUUCAACGAGUUCAUGACCUCCAAACCCAAAAUCCACUGCUUCAGGAGCCUAAAGCGCGGGCUUUCUCUCAAGCUGAUAAAUCUGAAUACACAGGUCUGGAGUCUAAUAGAGGGAGCAGGCCCAGAAGACUUCAGCAAUCUCCCACCUGAGCAAAGAAGGAAAAAGCUUCAGCAAAAGGUCGAUGAACUAAACAGGGACAUUCAGAAAGAGAUGGAUUCAAGAGAUGCCUUAACAAAGAUGAAAGAUGUGUACAUCAAGAACCCCCAGAUGGGAGACGCAGCGAGCGUGGACCACAGAUUGGCAGAGCUUGGGCAGAACAUCGAAAAGCUGCGAUUAGAAGUUCAGAAAUUCGAGGGCUGGCUGGCAGAGGUGGAGGGGCGGCUGCCGGCACGGACCGAGCAGCCCCGGCGCCAGAGCGGGGUCUACGAGGCACAGAACCCGUCAGGAGUGAACAGCUGUGCCCAGGACCGUGAGAGCCCCGAUGGCAGUUACACAGAAGAGCAAAGCCAGGAGACUGAGAUGAAAGUACCUGCAACAGACUUUGAUGAUGAGUUUGAUGAUGAAGAACCACUACCCACCAUAGGAACGUGUAAAGCGCUCUAUACAUUUGAAGGUCAGAAUGAAGGAACAAUCUCUGUAGCAGAAGGAGAGCUGCUCUAUGUAAUAGAAGAAGACAAAGGGGACGGGUGGACGCGAAUCCGAAGGAACGAAGAUGAGGAGGGCUAUGUCCCCACGUCCUAUGUUGAAGUCUAUUUGGACAAAAAUGCCAAAGAUGUGCACAAACCACUUCAGAAAAUCUCUGAGUAGGUUUGCAUAGGCCUGUCCACCCUUUAUUCUCCUGGUUUGCUGCUACGGUUGUUUUAAGAGCUCUAUUUGAGAAGGUUUUCUUUAGAAGAGAUGAAUGCACAUGUCAUAUCUCCAUCACUGAAAGACUUUGUUAGGUACCAGGUCGGCUCUGAAAUGUCACUGCUGACGAAGGUGCUGCCCUGACUGUGUCCAUUUAGUGCAAACAGCACUGUUGUCCUUCUGAAUAGAGAGCUGCAGGCUCUGCUCCCGUUGGGAUUCCUGCAGGAAGCUGUUCUGUGCACACCUGGGGGUAGCAUCUUGCAGGGCUUUUCUGGUGUCUGGUGCUGAGACCUCUCAAACACAGGAACUGGUUGGGCCUUUCAGCUCGAGACUGACCACCCUGUGUCACUGGCUGUGGUACCUCGUCAUCUGCUCGGGAACAAAACUCUUUCACUGAGGGAUGUUGUGAAAUCGUGUGACACAAAAAAUCCUGCAUGGAGUAACCAGCUCUGUACAAACCCUGCAUUGCACCCAACAGAAACACCACGUUCCCUUCCAGCAGAAGGCCUGGAUGUUUGUUUGGGUGACAUGCAGGAAUGGAGGCUGGCUUGGGAGGUUGAACUUCUUGAUAAAAACUAUUCUGGAGCUGUGGGCUGAUAAACAUUUUGGCUCCUGUUACCCCUCACCUCUGAUGAUAUCAGUAAUUCCUUAUGGACAGCUCUGGCAUUCCCAGUGCUGCAGCUCUGCUGUUUGCUGUAACCAUCAUGCAGAGCCUUGACUUAUAUAAAUAAAUAGGUAAAAGUUAACCAUGCUGAUGCACUUUUUAUCUAGGAUAUAUCUGAUUAUUUAAUGCUUGCCAAAUUAUUUAGGAAUUGGUAAUUAUAAACUGGACUGUGGCUUUUAAAAAUCCUUUUGUUAAAUACAUGCCCUUAGUUCUCCCAGUAUAAAAAAAAAUUGUAUAUAACAUAACUUAAAGACUAAAGUUACUUGAAUUUGAAUUGUUUUUAUCCUUUUAUAUGUGUAUAAAUAUAAAUGGUUUUAUAGGCUGUUCUUCUGCUUAACCCAUCUGUUUUGGUAACUGCUCAGUCCCUCUGAUGUUGAUAAGUGUUUUUGGUUACUCAGCUGCCUGCACCUGGACUUGCAUAGGAACUGCUGUUGUGUGUUAAGGUUUGUUCAAUCUGGCCAGUGUGGUUGUCUUGUUUCUAUUCUUAUUUUUUAAAGAAUCAUCAUCUGUCAGGAAUCUCUUUAUAGCUUGAUGUACCAUGGUGUCUUCUUCUAAUAAACAUUAUAUUUUCUCAU